AACUAGAGGGCAAAGCGGCGUUCGAGACAAGGAUUUCGUUGAGAGAGAAGAGAAACCACACGACUCCAAUAGAGUUUAGUAAUAAGCAAGCAUGGCUGAUUUAAGCUUUCCAUAUUCCCAUGACGACGUAGAAGAAAUCACUGAUGGAUUCUGCGAAGAAAAUUACAUUGGAAAAUUCCAAUUUGGCAAAGUGUACUAUGGUAUAGCUUGGGAGGAUGAGGAUGAGGAUGAAAGAGUUGAGGUGGUAGUGAAGAUUUGGGAAGAUAAUUCAAUUUAUGAAGUCCGUCCUGGAGAUAACAGAAGCAGAUUAAGUGAUGAAGUUCAAUUGUUUCAGCACUUUGGUGAAGAUUCUCAUCCAAACCUGCCCAAGCUGUUUGGGUAUUUCCAGGAAGGAGAACGAUUUGGCUGUUUAUAUGAAGUCAAGCCCUUGGAUGCCCUAAACAACCUCAUUCCGAAAGAUAGUUUCAGCUGGCCGGAGAGAAUCAAGGUUGCUGUUGGAUUUGCUUCCAUCCUUGAUUUUAUGCAUUCUCACAAUCCGCCACAUUUGAUUCGCAAUAUAGAUGCAGCUCAUAUUAUAAUUGAUGUGGAUCACAAUCCACUACUAUUUGACUUUAGUAUGAUAUCUGGCGGGGUUCUUACUGAUAAAAAGGACAUUCUGAAUCAGUAUGUAUUUGGCUGCUAUGGUUAUAUUGAUCCAAGUUGCAUCAAGGGUGGAUGGACUGACAAAUGUGAUGUUUUUGCGUAUGGCGUUGUGCUUUUGGGGUUGAUAAGCAAAAGAGUGUACACAGAUGAAGACAGAACAGACCUUAGACCUUUUGUUUAUGAAUGGGCAAAUUCUGAAUAUGAAUCAGCAAAGAAGUCUUCACUUGUGCACAAAAGUUUGGAAUCUGGACCGUUUUUCCAUCCUGCAGAUGGAGUCAAAAUCACUAAACUAGCAUUGCAAUGUGUGGAUCAUAAUCCUCAUAAGCGCCCCACAAUAAGCCAAGUUCUUACAUCUUUGCUGGAAUUGAGCAUUGUUUGUCAUCAUGCUGACACUUUGGGCAUUAAUCAGACUGCUGGUGGUGAUGCUGAGAUGCAAAAGGAUGAACUUUCAGGAUCCUCCUCAGAUUCAAUUCACAAGGAAAGGAUUCUAGAUAAAAGGGAGAGGAUGACAACAUCAAUUGAUGAAAGUAUUCUAAACGAAGGGCAGAGGAUGCUGACUUCAAUCCAAAGAGGAAAAGAGUGUGCUGUGGUACAAGUUUAUUCUUACAAAGACCUAAGUCUAUUCACCAAUGGAUUUAGGGAAGAAAACUUCAUAGGAAAGUUCCACUUUGGCAAAGUGUAUGUCGGAGAGAUUGAAGGAAAAAUGGUGACAGUGAAAAUAUGGGACCCAGAGUCUGAAGUUUAUGAAGUUUCUUCCAUUGAAAAUGAAGGCAGGUUGAUGGAUGAACUUGUUCUACUUCAGCAUCCAGAACUGAUAUCCCAUCCAAAUCUUGUCAACUUGAUGGGAUACUGCUAUGAAGGACAAAAUCUCGGUGUUGUUUACAAUCUUGAGCCUCUUGAUACUCUUCAUAACCUCCUAUUAAAGGAUACUUUUACUUGGUCUGAAAGAAUCAGAGCUGCUCUUGAAUUUGCAUGCCUACUCAAAUUUUUACAUGCUGACACUCCACAUUCUCGUCAAUAUCUGGUUCGCAACAUAGCUGCCGCUCAUUUAAUUCUCGACCAGGAUCACAAUCUGAAGUUGUUUGAUUUUGGUAUGAUUUCUGGUGGUAUCUUUCCUGAUCGUACAAAGCGUAGAGAGUAUGUACGUGGGUGUAUUGGCUACAUUGAUUUUGAACUUUGGAGAGGUUCAUGGUCAGAAGCAUCUGAUGUCUUCUCGUUUGGCAUAGUACUCAUUGGUCUAGUAUCUAAAAGAGUUCGCACGGAAGAAGAGGAGGCAUCGGGAGAACCUUUUCUUGAUGAAUGGUUGAACUCUCAGUACGAUGAGAAAACUUCAGAAUUGGGAUUUGACAAGACCCAGUUUUCAAUUGUGCACGAGAGCCUAAAGGGAGAUCCGGGUUUUUGUUCAAAUGAUGGAGUUGCCAUUACGAAACUGGCAAUGCAGUGCGUAAAGGGUAAAUUUGAUAGGCCUACAAUGAAGCAAGUUGUUAAGCAACUCCUUAAUCUCAGUAUUGUUCGAAACAACAUGCAAGUGCCUAAGCGUCUAGCAAAUGCUACGUGAGUUGUAACUUCCUGUGUAACAAAAAGGAAAAAAGGCGGACACCCUGAGCUUUUUCUUGAGAAUCCCUAAUUAAAUUAGAUCUUAACAU